AUACUUUUAACAAUGGCUUCUUCUUCUUCAAACAAGCUUGUGUUCUUAGCUUUCCUUCUCCUGUUCGUAUUCUCAAACAAUCUUGUGGCUGGAAAACCCCAGAAAGUGAAACUCAAUCUUUACUACGAAUCACUUUGUCCAUACAGUCAGAAAUUCAUAAACGAUGAUCUGGUGAAACUCUUUGAGUCCGAUCUCAAGCUCGUUCCAUUCGGUAACGCAAAAGUCUCCGAUAACCUAACUGUCACUUGCCAGCAUGGUGAAGAGGAAUGUAAACUAAACGCCAUUGGAGCUUGCGCCAUAAAAACUUGGCCCAAUCCGAAAAUGCACUACUGGUUCAUAAGGUGCGUUGAAAAGGACACGAAAAACUGGGAAUCAUCAUGUUUUAAGACAUAUGGUGGUGAGAAAACCAUAAGAGAUUGUUACUCCAGUAAUCUCUCUAAAAAACUUAUACUUGGUUAUGCAAAGCAGACUUUGAAUUUGAUGCCGAAGAAAGAAUACGUCCCGUGGGUCACAGUGAACGGCAAGCCACUCUACGAAAAUUAUGAAGAUUUUGUGGCCCAAAUGUGCAAAGCGUACCAAGGAAAGGCUCCUCUCCCAAAAGUUUGCAAUUCUUCUGCCUCGGCAAAGAAGAAAGUGUUGAAGCUUCAAGUCUCGUAUGGUGAAGAUUUCCAUCACUAA